UAGUUGAUGAUCGUCACUCCAAGUGGAAGCGCGUUGUGUGUGCUGUGCAAUUUAAUCCCGAAGAGAGAUCACUUUUCAUCACAUCCCGCGCGCUGGUUAAUUGCGAAACGCCACUUUUUAAUUGCCCAUGUGUUUAUAAGAGGUGGCCAGGCAGCGGAAAAAUAGAGUGGACCGAAGAGUUGUUAUAAAUAACCGCGAGUGGCGAGGAGGGAAAUUCCUGGGGCCAGAGAGGAGCCCUCACGAUAAGGCGGAGAGUUCGAUAUCGAGGCGAUAUGUGUGGGUCGAUAGAUACAGCUACCCUCGCGCCCCACAUUUGCCCAAUCAGUAUUAAUUGAUACGCGGCUCGAGUGUGUCAACCAGCACGACAGAGAGAGAGAGAGAGAGAGUGAUCAUGAGCGCCCCCGUGAGGAUCCUCCUGCUGGCGCUCGUGAUAGCGCGCGGACAGGAAGUGCCGUCGCCACUCGAGAUUACACACGACGACGAUGCUGGUGAAAUUCGCGAGAUGAGGCGCGAAAGGAAUAGCGCCUUUGAGUUCCACUACAGCACAACGCCAUUCAGUAUUGCGUUCAUUGAGGAGCCCCUCGUCAAGUUCGUCUACUUCAAUUACACACGCAUCGAGAGGAAUGUCACGGAAUUUGGCAAUCACUUUGUCGUAUUUGAUCCUGGCAAAAAAGCAUUGACCGGCCUGGCGCCCUGCAGUCUGUACAGUGUCUUCGGGGAAAUGAGGAAUUUGGCCACUAAUCGCACAUUCAACCACACUGAGAGCAUUAGCACGGAUUACGCUGAGCCCGUGACGACGAAUCUGCUGGUCAUUCCCUUCGAUGACUCCAUCGUGGCGCAGUGGAAUACAUCUAAUAGGGAUUGUGUGGGACACUUUGUGGUCCGCGUGAGUGCUGGCGAGUGGACUUUUGAGGCGAACACCACGAGAUUGGAUUGGGGCAUUGAUGCUCUGGCGCCGUGCACAGAGUAUGAGCUUGAGAUUGCAACGGUGAACGUGUUCGGAGAUGUUGUGAGCAGCGUGACGGAGAAGGAGGUGACUUCGUUCGUGGAUCCGGGAGCUGUUGAGGAGUUGGUGGCGAAGUAUCACAGUGGUGGCAGAGUUGAGGUGUCGUGGAAGCCACCGCUGGAUGGGGUUGAGUGCGUGAGUGAUUAUACAGUGAAGCUGGGAGAGGAUUCGUGCUUGGAUGAGGAGUCUUGCUUGUGGACGUACAGAAAUGCCAGUAAAUCGUUGAAAGGAGAAUUUGACGGUUUGGAGGCGUGCAAGAGAUACACAAUAGUGGUGUAUACAAAUGGUCAGGAGGAUGGAAGCAAUAGCACCCUGACAUUCGACACGGACUUUCACGUUCCGGGAACAGUUGAGAAUUUGAACUACGAUGUGGUGAGUCCGUCGAGUGUGAGGAUGUUUUGGAAUGCUCCGCAUGAGAAUGCCCACUGCGUCUCUCACUAUAUCAUCAAGUGGGCGGAUCUUGAGGAGACUCUCAAUGGCACGGAGAUCCUACUGGAGGAUCUGGAGCCGUGCAGAGAGUAUUUGAUCGCAGUUGCUGUUGUGGACAUUGAAGGUGAAGAGGGUCAAGCUAUGACGAUUCCCGUGCAAAUGCCAGAUGAUGUGCCAGGAAUUGUGCAGGAUGUGAAUUACUCAGCAACACCGUCUGAGCUGAUGAUCACGUGGAAGCGCUCACAGUACGCUGGUCAGUGUGUGGAAAGCUACAGGCUUCAGAUAUCUGGGGACAUUUCACACCUUGAGGAUUAUAAUCACACCACAACGGACACAUCUUUCAUAUUCCAGAGGAUGACAGCUUGUCGGAUGAUCUCAGUGCGAAUCUUUGCCGUCUCAUUCGUUCACAAGGAGAGCUUCCCAAUGAUUUUUGUGACGAGAAUUCCUGCCAGGAUCACAGCAAUGCCCAGCACGCCUCAACUUGUGCACAGAACGAGAUCUUCGCUGCGAUUGAAGUCGUCUUUGACGGACACACAGAUCGAGUGUACGCUGAUGAAUGCGAGAUUUGUCUGCAAUGCCGAUGAGGAGGGAAUUGAGACGGAGAUUCUGGUCAAUGUGGAUCCUCUGACUGGGAAUUCGACGGAAUUCGAAGGCUAUAUCGACAGUUUGCCCUCAUUCACAAACUUCAAUUGCUCCGUGAGUGUUCUGACCAGCGCCGGAUGGUCAGAGUCCGCCAUGGCAUCCUUCCAGACGGAGGAAGACUACCCAGGAGAGCCAGCUAAUCUCGUCUUAAUGGAGACGAGCAAUAAAGGUUUCCACAUCACAUGGGAGAGACCGUCAGAGCCCAAUGGCAAUGUGCACUCCUUCAGGUUGGAGAUUCAGCAAGUGGAACCACUGUAUCUGGUGCCGAGAUCUUGUUCACCGGCUGUCCUGACCAAUCUCACGGAGGAGACGCAUCUGCAGGAGAUGCUGUACGACAAGGGAGAGCCUUCCUUCACCUACUUUGUCCAGGUGGCGGCGGUGAAUGGAGCUGGAGUGGGUGUGUACACGAAGCCCAUCACUAUCAAGACACUGCCGGACAUUCCACAGCAAGUGUCUGACUUCUCCGUGUUCUCUGUCGAUGGGCCGUUCACGCCUCUAGUGUACAACAGCACAGUGACGAUCCAGUGGGUGAUUCCCUGCAAGUCCAACGGCGCUCUCCGAUCCUUCGAGGGUGUCUUCUAUGGCACAAAAGGUGAUCUUGAGCACGUCAUUGAGUGGGAGUACGCUGUCCGGGGAUCUGUGAGAGAGAUUUACACCUUCACUCAGGGUGAUCUCUUGCCUGAGUUCCAGUACAGAGUCACGAUUGCGGCGAAAGUCAGGGAUGUGAGCAAUACCAGCAUCGACGUCUUCCAGGAUUUCAACUCUCCGGCGGGAAUUCCGGAGACUUACGGCAUGGACAACUGGGGCACAGUGGAUGUGUUCUCAUCGCCCAAUCCGACGCACAGUGCGGAGAUCUGCAUCUCCUCGCAGGUGCUCAAUUCAACGGCUGGCGACAUACUGUUCGUGGCGCUGCUGGUGUCUGAGCAUGGGUGUCAAGAUGAUCCUGUGCCGCAAUUCGGAGCUCUGGGGAGUGAGACUAACUGGCCAGCGGUGAUGCGGUGGCAGGAAGCGAUGGAGUUCUCUUGCAUUCCUCAGUAUCAAACCACACCCAUACGAUGGCGGCCCAGUGAUUCAGAUUUCCGCGAGAUUAGCGAGUUUCUCUACACAAUUGGCCGGGAGGAUUGCGAUGACAGCCAAGGAUACUGCAAUGGACAUCUGAGGCCGGACACGAACUACUCCGUCAUCGUGAGGACGUUCACGAGGCAUGGUUUCAGUGAUUCCGCCGUGAUUCACUUCCGGACGGAUGCUUUGGUGGCGCUCACGACGAUUAUUAGCAUUGUCACGAGUUGUCUGCUGGUGGCAUUUAUCGUGGGAUUGGUGAUUGCGAAGCGCAGCAAUUCUUUGGCCAAGUGGAACACGGAUAACUUGAUGAAUAAUGGAGAAAUUGUGCCUGAUGUGGAGUUGAAGAAGUUCUCAGAUCACUAUAUUGCAAUGAUGAGGAAUUGCAAAGAGAAUCUGACCAAGGAGUUCAAAUUGCUGAAUGCUGUGACGAUGGAGAAGGACUUCUCCAUGGCGGCGGCGAAGCAGAAUGAGACGAAGAAUCGCUAUGUUAACAUUAUUCCAUAUGACAUGAACAGAGUUCUGCUGAACAUCGAAGAUGGUGAAUCGGAGUACAUCAAUGCCUCUUUUGUAUCUGGCUUCAAGUAUGGCAAGGAGUAUAUUGCGACGCAGGGACCGAAGCUGGAGACUUGCUUUGACUUCUGGCGGAUGAUUUUGCAGUGCAACGUGAAGAGAAUCGUCAUGCUGACACUCCUGCGGGAGGAUGACAAGGUGAAGUGCUAUGGAUACUAUCCGAUGAUCAACAUGAAGAGCAAGAGCAUCCAAUUCAAGGAUAUCCACGUGAAUCUGGAGAGUGAAUGUGAAUUUCCCAUCUACAAAAAGAGGGUGUUUCUAGUCAAGCGAGGUGAAUUGGAGAAGAAAGUGAGUCAGUAUCACUUUACCAAGUGGCCAGAUCAUGGAUGUCCUCGGAAUCCCACGGAUUUGAUUGAAUUCACGCGAAUGUAUCAGCUGGAAAAGAAGAACUCCAGCUCACCGACUGUUGUUCACUGCAGUGCUGGUGUGGGACGCACGGGAACCUUCAUAGCGCUGGACAUUAUCAUGCAGACUCUGAAGAAUCGCAAGUCCAUCAACAUCUAUGAGAUUGUGCGCCAAUUGAGGAAUGAGAGGAUGAAGAUGGUGCAGACUUUUCACCAAUACUGCCUGCUUUACCAGUGCGCGUACAUUUUGGUGAAUAAGACCAGCAGCAUGCGGUGGAGCAAGAAAAGUGUUCUCAGUCGGAGGCUCUCGAGGAUUCAGCAAACGCCCUCGAAUUCCAGUUUGCAGUCUGUCGGCAGGGAGAUUCCCACGCAGAGCACCUUGUCGCUGGUGGGAGGAAAGGAGAAGGCACUGUCGAAUGCCGAUAGUGCUUUGUGAGAGUUUCCGGUCGUUUCUAAGCAUUUCCUGGCCAUGUAACGGUCGUUUUAUAUGAAAUACAGAAUUUCUCCAUAUUACACAUCAGCAACCUCUGUUCUGGCUGUGUUUUUUUGCCGUCUGUCGUUUGGCUUCGUCCUUGUGAUUUUUUUUCACCUCCCCUGAACGUCGCCGAGAUGCGGUUUGUGUCUCGGUUAACCACAAAAAAACCGUUGAAUUCAAAUUUUUUGUUUGCAUGCAAGCACGAAACAUCAGAAUACACCC